CUGGUGAUAACACACCAAGCCCUGUUAUAAACUGAAUAGAUUUGACACUCAAUCAUUUUGCUACAGUUUGUCGCGAUCGAAUAUAGUGCAUCAAAAUGGGUUGCCUUUCGGGAAUUGCAAAAUAUUUGUUAUUUCUGUUCAAUUUUUUGAUAGUGGUAUGUGGCAUCGCUCUUAUAGCAGUAGGUGCCAUUAUGCUAAAGAAUGAAAACAAAGGUCUUGAUUCAGUUACCGACUUUUCGGUUGGUGGUUUUGGUAUUGCUGUCGGUGUUAUAAUUUUUGGUAUAGCUUUCUUAGGAUGUUGUGGAGCUAUAAAAGAAAAUGGCUGCAUGUUAACGACUUAUGCAGUUAUUAUGAUUGUUUUGUUGAUUUUGCAAAUUGUCUUGGGAGCUAUGGCCUUCGUAGCAAUCAAAAAUGACGAUAAAACUUUGGAUAAAAAAGUGAAAGAAGUUGUCAAAGAUACAUUUGAUGAUUAUAUAAAGAACCCAACAGAAGAGAAAAGAAAAGUAAUUGAUACAAUCCAGGAAGAUUUUGAAUGCUGUGGCGUUGAUGGAUCCACUUAUUGGACAAGUCACCUGAAAGACGUUCCAGCCAGUUGUUAUGAAGACAAGGAUAAACAACAGACUAAACUUUUCAAAGAUGGUUGCGCAAAACGGUUCCAAGAAGUGAUAACAUAUAACAUUAAAGUCAUUGGUGGAAUUGCCCUUGGAUUUGCAGCAGUUGAACUUGUGUGUGCCAUUUUCGCCAUUAUCGUCAAGAACAGAUAAUUUUUUAUAUCAAAAACAAUUUAUUAUCAAUACAUUUUUUAGAAAACUUUAA